AAUCAAUCAAAUUUGAUUAACUUCAAGUUAACUAAUAAUAACUUUCAACAAUUAACAUUAACAUCGCAUUUUUAUUGAUUGUUAUUCUAAACUGUGAUAUAUUGUUGUAACUUUGCUCAGUAAUCAACGAGGUUAUCAAAAGUGUAUUUAUGUUACCAGUCCAAUGGUUUGAUGUUCAACAGACAAUCACAAUUUCACCCAUGAGGAUUCAGAGUUUUAUUCAAGAUCAUCAUGAACUUUCAAUGUUAAAUCAUCCUCAUCAUCAACAUCAUCACAAUAAUCAUCAUUUAUUACAAUCCAAUUCACCAACGAAUCAACAACAUAUCAAGUCAAACAAAAUCUAAUUUCCGGCAAAAUAAUCAAAUAUCAAUCAAAUUCAUUUCUCCAGGUUAUUUAACAACAAUAAGAUAAUUUAACAUUUACAAACGUGAUUAAAGUUAAUCAUUAAGGAAGAAUAUGGUUUCCCCAACCAAUGCCAUUCUAACGGGUUUGGCCGUUGCCGAUAUGCUCGUGAUGCUUGACUAUAUGCCCUUCUCGAUUCACACUUACAUCCGACGGGAUCAACCGACCACCGAAUUGUAUUCCUACCCAUGGACAGUUUUUACACUUUUUCAUGCUCAUUUUUCCGUUGUAUUUCAUUCAAUAUCAACAUGGUUAACUAUUCUUCUUGCCAUUUGGAGGCUUUUAUCCGUAAGUUAUCCAACCCAAAGUAGAACUUGGUUCACAAUGAGAAACGCUGUUGUCUCAAUCAUCUCGAUCUAUUUGAUUGUACCAAUAUUUUGUGUUCCAAUGUACCUUUCGUUUACCAUUUCACCGGUGCAAGUUGAACAAUCUUAUUAUUACAGGAUUGAUUGGAGUGAAAUCUCAUUACGACACAAUAAAUUUCUUAAGAAUCUUAAUUUUUGGGUGUUUAGUGUAGGAACCAAAUUAGUGCCUUGUAUUUUAUUAACUUACUUCAGUUUGGCAAUAAUUAAAAUCUUAAUCGAAGCCGAUAAACGAAAGGCUCGACUCAGAUCUUCCAAUAACAGUAAUAACAAUAAUCUGAUGAACAAUAUUAAUAGUAAUUCAAAGCCUAAUCUAUUAACAACCAAUGUGACAAUUUCGACGACAACAACAAUUAACAAUAAUAAUAAUUCUGAUUCGGUUGAUGAUAGUAGACGUUGGAGUUAUUCACCAGCCUGUGAUCCAUCAAGCACAAUUAACGAAGCAACAAAUCGGAUUGAAUUGUGCCUAUCAAAACGUCCGGGUAAUCAAUCAACACCAUCAAGUAAAAAUCAACAAUUAGACAACAAUAAUCAACAUCAAUCUAAUCACCAUCAUCAUCACCAUGAAUCAAGUCAAGCUCAUGAUCGGACGACUCGUUUAUUACUUGCUGUCCUUUUGAUUUUCUUGUUAACUGAAUUGCCCGGAGGGAUUUUAAUCGUUCUAAGUGUCUUCCUUGGUGAAACUUUCUUCCAAACAGUUUAUUCACCGUUAGGUGAAUUACUUGAUAUUCUUGCGCUAAUUAAUAGCGCCAUCAAUUUUAUCCUUUAUUGUACAAUGUCAAGACAAUUUCGGAUAACAUUUAGAAAGAUAUUUUGCCAAAUUGGUGAUAAUGAAGAGACCGAGUUAAUUGCUUCACGUCACAACUUGAUAACUAACAAAUCAACUAAUCAUUUAAUUCAAAAGAAUGGUAAAAGUGAGGUUUCAUAUGUUUAAUUUGCGACAAUUAAAUGUUUAGAUUGUCGCAAUCAACUUGAUCAGUUUAUAUUUUUCGCUUUCGCCAAAAUAACAAACUUUUACUUUUAUUUUUGUUCUGUGCCAACUAAUCAAAUCUAAUUGUUAUUAAUCAGUUAAUUGUUAUGAUUUUUUUUCUUCUCUUUUGAUUUCUUCUCAAUUCAGUAGCUAUAUUAGCCGUAAUUAUCCUGUGAUUAUCAUUAUUAUGGCAACAAUUUAAAUGGUUGUUCAAAGUAUUUAUAAAGUAUAAUCAACAAUUUUGUUAAUUGUUUCGUCUCUACAAAAUAAAUUAACUAACAACAAAGUAUUUAUAACAAUUAACAGAUUUAAAUAAUUUACUUUUUGCUAAUUUUUGCUUUUUUUUCGUUGAUUAAUAUUUAACAACAAUUAAUAUUACUCUUUAUGCCUGACAAUUAAAUAAUCAACCGAUAAAUACCCAAAUGAAUUGGUUGAUCAUUGAUUGAUUGUAAACUUGGAGCUUAAAUAAUGAUUAUAAAAGAGCAUUUUAAUUGUUCAUCAAUUUAAUUGGAAAUUUUUAGAAUCUAAUUGUGCAAAAUUUACUUUCAAUUGAAUUAAUUUAGUUGCAUUUGUUUUCUGUUUCCACCGAUUAUGAUAAUUAUUACAAAAAGAGUAUUUGAUCAAUGAGACAUUAAAGAAAAUCAAUUCUAAUUGUAAAAGAUGAUUUAAUCAGCCCAAUGGAUAAGUUUUCAACUUUUUACAUUAAUCAACAGUCCACAAUUAACUGCCAAUAGUUGAUUUUGGCCUAUUAUCACCAUCGAUUAUCCAUCAACGUGCUUUAAGCGGUAUUUUUGUAAU